AUGAAAGGCCUUCAUAUGUAAGAAAAAGGUAUGGGAUCUCUCUCGGACGACCAGACGGUGCCGCGGCGGCGUGGAAGACACAAGCUGCCCAAGAUGCGGAGAGCAAUAUUCUUGCUGGUUUGCGUGGCCAGCGCCUAUGGUCAGCAGAAAGGCGGUGUUGUUGGUGUGUCUACUGGAGGAGGCCCGGGAGGAGGUUCACUAGGUGAUGUCUCAGGACCCGGAAAUGGACCGGGAGGAAUUCCAGGAAUGGGGUCAGGUGGCCCCAGCGGCAGUAUGGGAGGAGGAGCUGGGUCAGGUGGAAUGGUACCAAGUGGCCCUAGUGGUGGACCUGGAGGCGUUGGAAUCGGCCCAGAAGGUCCAGUUGGCCUCGGAGGCCCCGGGGGCCCAGGAGGUAAUGGAUCGCCAGGGAUUAUGUUCGGCGAGCCUGAUGAGCAAGGCGAACAAGAAGGCGGUGGAGACCUCAUUGGAUUUGGUCCCGAACAUGGACAGCUUGAUCUCUUCACCCUGCUCGUCCGCCAGAUCUUUUUGGCCUACGGGGCGGAUCCACUCACCCUUCCCGAAACAACGAUGCCAUUUAACAGUAUCCUGCGCAUGUCAGGCACCGUACACACCUACAACUCGAGAGUUUUCGGUUUAUCUCACGUGAGGCGCACUGGCCCUUGCUUUGUGACGGCUGACCAGAGCGGAAUGCGUCUGGGUCUCGACCUGGGAAUCAAGGACGUGUACGCCAACUCAUCAGCCACUGUUCAGAUGGCAAACAAGAACAUAAGAAAACAGCGCGUGCAUUUCACUGUCAUUGUCAGGAAAGCCCGGGCCAUCCUCGAAAUAGCACAGACGGGAGCUCAAGAGAUUCACGUGACAAACUUCAAGAUUCUCUUUCUGCAAGGCUUCAAACUAUUCUUGAGGCCAGAUCAGCCCUCAAGAAGGCCACUAUUCCACGCCUUCCUGCGCGCUGCGCAGGUCUUCCUUGAGCGAUCGGUCAAGAGACGCCUCGAACCCUUGGUGCGCAAGGCCAUUGACACCCAGAUCAAGACCGUUCUCGCCUAUCUGAAUCGCCAAGCUGAGCUCAGGCCCAAGCCGCGCUUGCCACCUGAGCUCUUUGCGGGUGUAGCGGAAGGUAUAUUUAUUGGUGGACCCACGAGACCAAGUGGAAUGCCUUCAGGACCUGGUGCUGGACCAGGAGGACCAGGAGGACCAGGAGUAGUAGGACCUGGGGGUCCUGGAGGACCGGGAGCCACCAUCCUUCAAGGAGGGCCCUCAAACGGAGGUGUUGGGCCGGGCGGUUCACUUUCAGGCCUGAGUUCUGGAGGUCCCUCAGGACCAAGCAUCGGUGCGGCUGGAUCUGCCGGCCUUUCCGUAACGAUAAGCGGAGGCUCCGGUAUCAGCCAACAAAAAGUCAAAGGCUAGCUAUUCUGAAGAAAAGAAAUCUCUCGACAAAUUUUCCAUCUAUAUCGGGAAUAAAUACCUUCCAUUUACAUACAGUA